GCCUGAGCAUUCAAGGGGCGUCACUCACUUCCCUCAGUGACCUUGACAAGUCAGAAGCUUGAAAACAGGGAAAUCCGGAUGUCUCGAUUAUGAAGUGGAGCAGUGGGGACCACAACAUAUUUCCAGAAGUCUCCAUCCAGACUGGUGAUUGCAUGCCUUUGUUACUGCCAGUGGCUGUCUGAGGUGUUCCUCUGGCUCUGAAGGGGUUGGCACAAUGACCAAGUACUUCAGCCUGGUGUUGCUUCUUGCCUCCAUCUGGACCACAAGGCUUUUGGUUCAAGGCUCUGUCCAGGUAAAAGAACUUUCCUUCUUAGUGCAAUGCAGAAUUAUGGGAGUCACCCUUUUGACCAAAAAGACAAAUGUGCAGCUGAAUUUCACAGAAGCCAAGGAGGCCUGUGAGCUGAUGGGACUAACUUUUGCCAGCAAAGAUCAGGUUGAAGCAGCAUGGAAGUCUGGCUUUGAGACUUGCAGCUAUGGAUGGGUUGCAGAUCAGGUCUUAGUCAUCCCUCGGAUUCACCCAAACCCGAAGUGUGGAAAGAACGGGAUAGGUGUCCUGGUUUGGAGAAAUUCACCCAGCCAAAAGUUCAGGGCCUAUUGUCACAACUCAUCUGAUACUUGGAUUAACUCAUGCUUUCCACAAAUUACUACCACCAAAGAUCCCAUAUUCAACACUCAAACUGCAGCAUACACACCAGAAAUGACUGAUACUGACACCAUACACUCAGCAUUGUCUACUGAUACACUGUACUCUACUACAACUCCUUCUGCCCCUACUCGGGAUCGGGCUACCAUUUCUCCACGAAAAACAAAAUUAAUUUGCAUAACAGAAGUUUUUAUAGAAACUACCACCACAUCUACAGAAACUGAAUCACCUAUUGAAUAUAAAACAGCAUUCAAGAAUGAAGAUGUUGGAUUUGGAGGUGUUCCCACGGCUCUGCUAGUGCUUGCACUCCUCUUCUUUGCCGCUGCAGCUGGUCUCGCCAUUUGCUACGUCAAAAGGUAUGUAAAGGCCUUCCCUUUUACAAACAAGAAUCAGCAGAAGGAAAUGAUUGAAACCAAAGUAGUGAAGGAGGAAAAGGCUGAUGAUGGCAACCCUGGUGAGGACUCAAAGAAAACAGAUAAAAAGCCAGAAGAGCCCAACAGUCCACCCAAAACUACAGUGCGGUGCAUGGAAGCUGAAGUUUAGAAGAGAAAAAAAUGAGAGCACACACGUGAGGCUGAUUUCUUGCCUGACACAUAUCCUGGCUCCAGAUGGGGAAACUAAAAGGGCUAAAGGACCAAACAAGAAAGUCCAGCCUUGCUUCCUAACUGGAAUCAACUCAGGGCUAUCUUUGGACUAUGUAGGUAAUGAAACCAAAGUGAAUUCCUGUUUUACUGCAAUCCUUGCUGAACCCUAUCCUCCUGCCUCCAAAGCUUCCCACAGCUUUUCUGGCCUCGUUAUGUCCUAAUAAUAUCCCAGUGAGAGAAUGGAGCUAACAAGUACAAGGAUCUAAAACAGCUAAUCUGAACACAUUUGUAAAGAGACCUCUCAGCUGGCUGAGAACAGGUGAGUUGAGAGCCAAGAAACCACCAAAACCAAGGCUUUCUCUAUUGACUCCACAGCCCAGAUCCCUUCUUCAGCUCUGAAAGGAAAACAUUUAUACCACCUGGCAUAUCCUUCUGAGCCAGGCAAGAGCAAAAGAAGGAAGGAAAAGUUUAGUAACUGAAGGCCAUAGAGAUUCCCGUGACUUGAGACCUGAUCUCUGUAAAGCCAAAAUAAACAGAGGAAAAUAAUGAGGCUGAGGAUAUUGACAGCAAUUAUCAGCAGAGACUACAAAUACAGAGAGGGUCAAAGUAUUCAUCUCUGAAUAAUUGGAGUUGGAAUCACUUUUUAGAACAUACACACAUUUUCUUUUCUUUUUCUUUUGCUGCUGCUAUUUUCUGUAGAAAAAUAUACUUUUGCAAGAAACCAAAAAAAUCUCUUAGAAAUUUCUAUUUUUAUCUGGGUGAUAGAUAUUAUUACUGAGGAAAAUUACUGUGUUAAAAAGCAAUGAAGUUUAACAAACAUUUGCUGAAUAUCUACUAUAUAUUAGGUAUUGUGCAAGGUAUUACAUUCUGUAAUUGAACAUAUUCAUCAAAAGAUUGCACAUAGUAUAAUAAUGUCUGAAGUUAAUUGUUUUGUUUUGAUAUCCCUAGCUUAUCCUCUUUUAAAACUAAUUUUUUUGCUGAGACUAACCUAUUAAUUAUUUUCUCUAAUAUGAUAACCAUUAGGACCUUAAUUUAUUAUUAACAUACUUAAAAAAAUACAUUACCUUUAUAAAAUAAUACACAUUUUUAAUGUCAUUAAAAAAUGUAUCACUAGCUCUCCAUUUUCCAGCAAGAAGAACCCGAGAAGUGCAGAAAUAUUUAUAAAUAUUUGUGCCAAAAAUAAAAGUAUUUAGAAAACU